AUGCUUUCCACCGGCCAUCGGUGCAUUAUUAUGUGGCUACACACGUUGUUCAUUCUACUGGUGCUGGUGAUUUAUUUGGAUAAAGACAAGGAUAGCAAAGAUCCGAUACUUCUUUUCGGGUAUCUUGCUUUGAGCGACGUUAUCACUGUACUUGGCAUUUUAGCGAAUUUGGUUCAUAAGAGUUUACAACGAAUGAGCGAACUUGCUGAGGCUAGAAUUCAUUGGAUUAACGCUGUUUGUGUCUACAAGGAAAAUUUUGUUUACUUGCUGAUUGUGGUCUUGAAGAUGUUAUUCGAAUUGUUUCUAUACUGGAAACUGCAUUACUCCGAUGAUGGACCUUCAUUUAUAACGAUCAUGGCACCCCUUUGGGCAGCUCUAUUGAUCAUUCUUUAUGAUCUAACAAGAAGGCUCUAUAGAAUCCAAACUGCUAAUCAAAUUAAAACAACUUUAAAUCGUAGUGGCGAAACGUCCACUACAAUGCCACUUGCCAAUUCCUCACUGGGAAACGAAAAUCCAUCGAUAUUUCUU